AUGACGUCAUCCGCAUCACCGCUUACGUCACAUCUGUUCUCGCCUCCGUCGCUCUCGUCGCCGUCUCUGUCGUCAACGUCCGCUCGUUCCUGGCUGCUGGCAGCCGGCGCCUCGUUCUCAUUAGUCGCCGCGUUUUCCGGGACGGCAACGGUGGCGGCUAAGGAGCGACCCGAGGUGGAUCUGGGUCGCGACGCGGAGGUGGUGCUGUACCAGUACGAGGCGUGCCCGUUCUGCAACAAGGUCAAAGCCUUCCUGGACUACUACGACAUCCCAUACCGCGUGGUGGAGGUGAAUCCGGUGGGCAAGAAGGAGCUCAAGUGGUCGCCCUACAAGAAGGUGCCCGUGCUCGUCGUCAACGGCGAGUCGCUCGUUGACUCCUCAGCCAUCAUAUCAGAGCUGCACCGCCGCCUGAACCCCUCCAAGGCCACCAACAUUCCCCCCGCCGCCCCUGCUGCUUCCGCCGCGGCGGCUUCCGCGCCUGGCGCGUAUGCCAGCGCCAUCGGCGGCGGGAGUAGCAGCAGCGCGGGGGGAACUAGCAGCAGCGGGGGCGGUGGUGUGGCGGAGGGAGUGGCGGAGGUUGUGGGGCACGUGGGGGAGCGGGGCGUGGCGGAGGGGCAGGCGGAGGAGGAGCUUGAUGAGGAGACCCGAUGGCGCAGGUAUGGCGUGGGGGAAAGGGGGGAGGGGGGGAGUGAAAUAGAGGGGCGUGGCGGAGGAGGAGCUGGACGGAGAGACCAGAUGGCGCAGGUGGGUGGAUGGGCACCUGGUGCACCUGCUCUCGCCCAACAUCCACCGCCUCGUGAGGCGUGGGUGGACGGACACCUCGUGCAUCUGCUCUCGCCCAACAUCUACCGCUCGCCCUCCGAGGCGCUAGAGGCAUUCGACUACAUUGCCACCAAUGGCAACUUCACGGCAUGGGAGCGCAUGAUGGCUCAGUAUUUUGGGGCGGGCGCCAUGUAUGUGAUUGGGAAGAAGCUGAAGAAGAAGCACGGCAUAGCGGACGCAUGCUCUAUCUAUGAGAGUCGACUCAAAACCCCUUCUCCUUCUUCUCGCCGUCCUCCUCGGCCCCAUGCAGGCAACUUCACGGCGUGGGAGCGCAUGAUGGCUCGCUAUUUUGGCGCGGGCGCCAUGUACAUGAUCGGCAAGAAGCUGAAGAAGAAGCACGGCAUAGCGGAUGAGCGCACCGACCUUUACAAGGCGGCAGACGAGUGGGUGGCGGCUCUCGGCGACAGGAAGUUUCUUGGAGGAGAGACCCCGAACCUCGCUGAUUUGGCAGUGUUCGGAGUGCUGCGGCCAAUCAGGCACCUGACAGCUGGCAGGGACAUGGUGGCGAAUUCGAGCAUAGGGCCGUGGUACGAGCGCAUGGAGCAGCACGUGGGGGCUUCUGCCAGAAUCACCGCCGCUGACGGUGCUGCUGUGACUGGUGCUGCUGCAGGCAAAUAG